GUACGUCUAUGUUUAUGUCUGGAUUUUUCUUUCAAGUGAGAGAAUUGUCUUUACAUAAUAAUGUGACCGACUCUCAGACAGUAUUUAAUUGGUCUGCUCGUCCCCCAAGUGGAGAGGAAGUAGACCGUACGACUCCGGGUGUGUCCACUCUCAGCCUGUGUGUGAACGUCUGACAUUGUCUAUAAACAAUCGGAAAUUUUUCUUCUCAAGGAAAACGACUGAUUUAAUUGGGGUGAAUUUCAUACUGUCUAAUUAUGUCGAUCUUCUCACUAUAUCCAGUGCGAUGGUACAUCAUUAAUGUAUUUUUCUGAAGCUUUGACCUUGAAAGGCAUUGUGAAUGAUUUUGCUGAAGGUCGUCGGUUGUCGGUGACGUGUUGUCUUGGGCUGGGGCCCACAUACAUGCAAAUAGCCAGAACACCCGGCAUGUAAGGAUCGCUGUUUAUUUACUUACAACGUUUGCCUCUCUGCUCUAAAUAUAAAAACUGUAAUAGUUCAAAAUUUCUAGUUAGGAUAUACAUGCUCUCAUAUUCCAAGCGAGGCAGAAACAAACACCAUUUUUGAAGUAUUUGGUUUGACCCAGACUCGAGUUCGACCUCUGGUCUCCCGACUUCGAGGCGGACUCAACCAUAAGGCAUGUAUUACACUGUAUAAGUCAGUCGAAUCUUAAAAUUAUGUAGGCUACCGAAUUGCACACAGGAUUUUCAGUGUUACAGAACUGAAAGGCCACAUACAUUAUUAACAGCCCACUCAGCAAGCAUUACAACCUCGCCCAUUGAUCACCGAUAAUGGUGGGUGUAACUUGACACAGUUGAGCCAGUCAGGGCUGUCGUAUACUGUAUGUAGGUCUACUUAUACAUUAGCUCGAGCUGUCUGUGUGAAGACAGAACUAACGCUGACCUACUUCUACAGUCUACCUGAGGUUACAUAUCUCCAAUCCAGGCUUUUUGGUUCUCUUUAAACUGACCCUGACAUAAAACUGUAUCUAAUUGGACAUGUACUUCACAUUUCUACCGGCCGGAUAGCACAGUUGGUAGAGCGUCUGCUUCGGGAGUGGUAGAUCCAGGGUCAAUCCUUGGUCGAGUCACACUUAAGACUUUAAAAAGAGUAAGUUGUAACUUCCUCGCUUGGCGUUUAGCAUAAAGGGGUUAGUGCAAUAACUGGUUGACCCAUAUCAAUAUAAUGGCUCGGAUGGGGUGGCUUACUUGCCUUCGGUAAGUCGUUUCAGUGAAGCAGCACUAGAUAAAAGAGCAAUGGAAAUCCGUCCUGCUACAAGGAGGCACAUCACAUACACCCUAAGGAUUCCUUCGUUGUCAUAUGACUGAAAAAUUGUGGAACACGACGUUAAACCCCAAGCACUCACGCACUCACACUUCUACAGUGGAGCGAAGUCAGCAUUUACGGUUUAAACAUUUUGUUUGAUCAGUGUUGAUCGGAGGGUGUAGCAGCUCAGUUGUAGUCUGUACUUCUGUGGUUCCUGACAAAAACAUAAUCAAAUACUGAGAGCCGAUGACUUUGACCUUAAAUCAUAUCCGUUUUAAUCUAAGUAAGAAAUGUUCGUGUUACUCGUCACUAUUAGUAAUGUGGUAUUUAUUAUAUCUCUAAAAUUCUGCAGAUAGAGAUGUUCUAAAGGUUUGGUCCUAUUAUCAUACAGUAUAUAGGAUCAAGUUACCUUCAUAACCACACAAAUCUGCUAAUUAUGGGUGGGAACUGUAUACCUGUCGAACACAUCUGCCCAAACUGGCUCGACCAGACCUUUGUCAAAAAAGUCUCUCAAGCGUAAUAAAAGGUAGAAUUGCUGAAUUUGUAACUGACCAGAAAGGUUUCAUUUUCAGGAAAGCGAUUUAGGCGUACUCUCCUCGUACAUGUAUAGGUGCUUUAAUGCUUCUUAAAUGAGAAUUAGAGAAUAGUGACAAAAAGUACUGUACCCAAUAUGUUGUUGGAACCUGGGAACAAAUGGAAGCUAUGUGCUGCCAUGGACAUCAAUAUUUUUGUAAAUGGGAACACCCUCACAGGUGCCAAUCUGAGAGAUUUGCCGUUUUUUAUUUCAGGAAAAAAAAAAAAAAACAAGCAAAUAAUGGCUGAAAGCAAGCAGAAUCUGGACGAUGUUCCCACAUGCUCUAUAUGUAUGGAAACAUUCCGGAAACCAGUAAUGCUACCCUGUCAGCACAGUUUUUGUAUGGAAUGCAUUGGUUUGCAUGCUGACAAGUCCAAACCUGUGCAGACAGAUAAGACCUCCGGAAACACGGGGAAUGAGGGCAUUCAUCAGCUGAUAGCGUGCCCCGUGUGUCGGGCACCGACCAGUCUGAAGAGAGAAGGUGUGGCUGGUCUGCCUCUCAACUUUCAUCUGGCGGAAAUUGUGGAGAAGUUUUCGUCUGCUGUAAAGGUAGAGGAUGACACCCCAUAUUGUUCUCUGUGUGAGGAGGAUAAUCAGGCUAAAGCUGUCAAGUUUUGUACCACCUGUGCUGUGUUCUACUGUCAGGAAUGUCUUGCAAAUUGCCAUCCAAUGAGGGGGGCUCUAAAACGGCAUCAACUGAUUUCCUCCCUGGAGUACCUCUCCCAGGAAACCUCACAGGGUCAAGUCAGCAGGGACCGCCAAUCAACUCAGCAGCCGUCCUGUGCCAGGCACGGUCAGCCAUUCGGCUUGUACUGUGUACCGUGUGGGAUGGUGAUCUGUAUGGGGUGUGUGGUUGAGCAUCCAGGACACACUAUGCAGGAUAUAAAAUCUGCAGCUGCGAAAGUCAAGCCAGCUAUUUUGAACAAGACAAGUGAACUGGAGAAAGUCUUACAAGAAACUAAAGAGUCAAUGUCAGGAGUUAUGAGGCUGCAGAAUAAGAUACAGGAAAACCAGGAACUUCGCAAUCGGGAGGUAGAAGAGGCUUAUUCUGCAGCCGUGGAAGCUUUACAAAACCUGGAGGCAACACUCCUUACGUGGCCUAAAAAACCCGCUAUUCAAAGAGUAAUGUACCCCCCUUUAGCAGAGGACCUUAAGUCUACUCAACCUCUGCUGAAAAGCCUGCACAUCUCGUAUACGGUGACGUCAGCAUAGCUAUUUAACAUAAUCCUGGCCGACCAAUGGACUAUCUCCUGAGGGGAAGUCGUAAACAGUAAAUGACAGAUGACAUGUGCAAACACCUAUAACUCUUUAUAUACUACAAUCAUGCAGAUUCGAAUGCCACACCAAAGAAAUGGAAAGAUUAUGUGGAUUUCUAGGUUUACUGUAGAAUUUGUUUAACACAGCUAGUAUCGAUAGUGAAUAAUUGAGUUGUGACAGCUCAAAGGCGUGAUUUGAUGACGGAAAGUAAGACUUCUAAGGAGCUCCUGGACACUUCCCACUUCGUCUUCCCUGGCGGAGUUGUGGUAAAAGGAGAGGGCUAUGUCUGCAUGACAUGUUCCAUGAGAUUAAAUAAAUUAGAAUAGGCUACACGGAAGGAGCGGUAUGUAAUCGCCGAUCAUACGCUUUUCAUAAUAAUAUCUAUAAUAUAUAUAUAUAUACGUAAACCAUUUGAUCUUGAUGGGGCGACAUCUUUCGGGUUUGAACCAGGCCCAGCAUCUAGGGCUUCACCAUCUCACCCUCGCUC